AUGAGAAGAAAGGAUCAACGUUCAUCACCGCAAGAAUUGAGAGAAAUGCAAGCCGAGUUGGGAGUGUUACAAAAAGCGGACGGAUCAUGUAAAUUUUUAAUGGGAAAAACUAUUGUUAUUUGUUCUGUGAAUGGACCGGAGGCAUCCAUGAAAGAGAAGGGAGAUGGUGCAAUUGUGGAUGUAAUUUUUCAACCUCGGGAUAAAAGACCAUCGGAAGAAGAAAAAGAAUAUGAAAUGAUGAUUCGAGAGAGCUUGGAAAAUGUAAUUUUGUUAUCAUUAUAUCCGAGAACAAUUAUUACAAUUUCUGUUCAAGUGGUUCAAGAUGAUGGAAGUUUAUUGAGUGCUAGUUUGAAUUCGGCUGUAUUAGCCUUGUUAGAUGCUGGAGUGGCGUUAAAGUCAACUCUUGUUUCUUUGUCAUGUUCAUAUUUAUCAAGCGGCGAUUGUUUGUUGGAUCCAUUGAAGGUGGAACAAGAUUUUGAUUCUGUUUUGUACAGUAGUGAUUCUUCAACAUUUGUGGAAUAUUACAAGAGCUCAUUAUCGACCGGUCAAAAAAUUAUAAAACCAAAGGGGCAUGUAUGCUUUAUUUUUGAUGCCUCGAAACUGAAAAAGAAAUCCCAAGAAGCUGAAGAGGACACUAGUUUGGUUACAUGUCUUACGGAAGGCAUUUUCACUGAUGAAGCACUUCAAACAUGCCUUAACAUGGCGAAGGAAGGAGCGCACACUGUCUACAAUUUGAUUCGUUUCACAAUGGAACGAAAAUCGACAACGCCAAUUUUACCCAUUUCCACACAACCUCAAAAGACGCAGCAAAACGUCACACCUUCAACUCCUGAAAAGAAAGGUGGUAGCUUCCUCAAGCCCAAAGACAAGUAA